UGCGACAUACGCCUAGAGUCCAGCCGUUUAUCUAUUUUCUGAGAGACGAAUCGAGGGAUAAACGUAGUUAGCUACUAGCAAAUAUGAAACCUGCCUUAGUUCUUUUAGCCACUGCCUUCUCAAUCCUUGUACUAUGUGCAUCAUUAGGAACUGUUCUCUCAGGGCAAAUCGGUAUUGCCCAAUCUGUCUCAAGACAUACCACCAGACCCUAAACUGCUAGCUCUAUUGAUGACCACAGACCCUUGCACGGUCAACUAUUCAUGCCUCAACUGUACGACAGUUCGCAUCUGUGCUCUCACGGAAAACGGUCGAAGUCUGCAGGAGACACACCGCUUCACAUGUCCGGUAGGGAAUUGGUGCGAUCCCCUCUCCGGGACUUGCAUCGCAGAGCAACCCAAGAGUUGCAUGAUCCCUGCAGACUUCACUUGUAUGCGAGAUGGUUACUAUCCGGAUCUGAACGACUGUUCCCGCUACUUCUACUGCCACCAGGGGAACUCCUUCGUCUUUAAGUGUGCCGGCUCGAACCGUUAUUACAGUCCUUUGACAGAAACUUGCACAACUCUCAACCACUGCAUCAAUAAGGCAAUUUGUAGCAAUAAGAAUGGCGUGAAGGUGAAGGUCAAUAACAAGCAAAUGUUCGUCUACUGUUCCAAUGGUGUCGUUUCUGCCGUCGAUAGGUGUAUCGGAGCGUACGUAUUUAAUGAGCAGAAGCAAGUCUGCGAGCAAGCCUGUCCCCAUUCAGGAUUGUUUCCUAAGGCCGGAAAUUGUACUUCAUACUACAAGUGCGAUCCCACCUUCAAGACCUCCACCUCGUACAAUAUGACGGAACUGAUGUGUCCUGAAGGAGAAGCGUUUUUGGAGUCCGCCUAUCAAUGUGUGAACCGCACUUUAGUUCCUAACUGCAAAAUGCAGUUCCCUGAUAUGUUUAAUUAGUUAUUAAUCACUAUCUUAUUUAAAACUUUAUGGCAUGUUAGUUCUGCUUCUUCCCGAUGAAUAAUUGUAAACAAAAAUGUUCCAUUCUAAGUUCUAAGCUAAACGUUUCUACUGUAUAUACUUCAAAACACUGUGUUGUAAACUGAGUAUUUCUACAAUAUAUUUUCCUAAUUUUGACCAAAUUAGGUACUCAAACCACUGGCCAUUAUUUUGUUCCAUUAUUGAUUGCAGGAAUGAAAAUCUCCGAACCUUUUCCACCCAAGCAUUAAUUAAAGAAUUCGGUUAAACUAUAAUUGUUGGAAUUGGAAAACACAACUUAGUUACAGGAUUGUAAAUUCUACAAUCAUUACACACAUUGUCUUUGAAAAAUCCUAAUCAGUUGUUCCGCUUGUAUGUAGACUUUUAUUUUGCUUAAUACAAACAUAUAUAGUAGCUUAUACAAUACGUUUUUUCUAGAUAAAAAGUUAGUGUCAGACUUACACGUCUUAGAUGUGCCGAUUUUUACAUCUUUUAUGAAAUUCUUCUGAAACUUUUUAGAAACUAGAACUCCAAAAUAAGCUCAUUAAAAUAUGGUCAAAAUCUAAUGAACUGGUUAUACCUCAUGUUGUUUUACAUAUGUACCACUGAGUAUUGUACCAAUGAACAAUUAAGAGGUAAGUUUAUAUCGAUAGAUAAUAAUAAUAGAUAGAUAAUAAUAGUCAUUCAUAAUACUAGUCUGUUGCACUAGAAUUGUAUUGAUAUUAAAUAAUCAUGACUAUA